ACUUCUCCAGGCGAAGGGAAGCGGUCCCGCCUCCGUUUACAAGCAAGCGAGGGAAAGCGAAGCAGCUCCCGCGAAACGGAUCAUCAUGCCCAAACUUACCUUUAGCGAGACAAGGGAGGUCGGAGAGCAGUUUAUACGGUUCCUGCAGGAUUCUGGCAACCAGCGAAUGAACAGCAAGGUUGCCUUGAAAGCACUCUACAACCAGGAGUUCCGGUAUCGAGAUAAUAUAAAAAGACCCAACUUUUCCAAUGUGCUCUAUGUGCUGAGGAUGUCAAACCGUGCUUUUGUCUAUGGUGAUCAUGUGAAUAUUUUUCAGGUGAAGAGGAAACUAAAGCUUAUUGAUCAGUAUUGGAAACCAAAAGCUGAUGCUGGAGCUGAAGACGACUCUACCCAAGAUAAAAACACAUGUAAUAAUCCACUUCCCCCUGGAGCACGUGUUAAGCGCAGAUCAAAAUUUGUGGCCAGUAAGAAUGACGUGAGCAUUAUUUCAGAGCAUGAUGAACCAAAUGGUAAAAUCCGAGUCAACAUUUCUCCAGACCAGCGUGUGACUAUUAAAAUUGAGGUGAAGAACUCUGGAAAAAAUGAAAUUAUGCUGGAAAGCUACAAACUGAGGAAACGUUGUGAAUUCCCCUUUGUAGUAUCUAAACAAUCUUUCCCUGUGAAACUGCCACCAGGAUCAGUCCAUGCAAUCAUAAUCAUGUGUCAGGUACCGGACUAUGGCUUCUUUGAAGUUACCAUGGAGUUUGAUUUCACCAGUGAACAGACUGGGAAAUUCAGCAUUGGACGUUUUGUGCAGGCUGAUGCCAAGACUGAGUUAGCACAACAACUUGGUCCCUCAGAACCUUAUCAGCCUUAUCAAGUCAAACUACACAAACCACAGUUCAGAUCUAUAGAAGAUGGCGUUCGACCAAACAACACUUUGUCCACUGAAUUGGAGCAGAAACCUUUGGAUCAGUACAAAUACCCAAGCGAUCUGAAGGAUUUGAUUGAAUGCUUGAAGGAAGGUGAUGAUGGCACCAAUGACAAGAUUGCCCAUCUACUGAGCAGUCUGGAAGCCCCCUUGCAAUUUGACAAUUAUUCUGAGAAGUUUUGUCUGCUUCUUCACUUGGAAGAGAUCCAAAUGGAGGUGGACAUCCAUCGAUACGAUAUGCAGAAUGUUAGCAUGGUUAGAGACAAAUACAAUAAGAAACUUCUUGUUCUGAAGGCACCUGGUGUGGCAGAGAACCGGCCUUCAGUGUUGAGAGGUGACCAUCUGUUUGUGAACUUGGUUGAAGGGCAACCAAAAUACCAAGGUCCCUUCUAUAAAGGUUAUGUCCAUGCUGUGGAGUGGGACCAAGUCAAGCUGGGGUUUUCUGACAAAUUACUAAAUAAGUUUGUUGAUAACAUGAAGUUUGAUGUGGAAUUUACUUUCAAUCGUCUGCCCUUACGCCUUCAGCAUCGGGCUGUUACUCUUGCCCAGAAGCAGCAACUGUCCCAUCUGCUCUUUCCAUGCUUCUCUUACAAGGAAUCACUCUUGUCUACUAAUGAGGAACUCCGCUUGUAUAAUUCUAACCUGAGCAAGAAUGCGGAGCAAAAGGAAGCUGUCCGGCAGGUGGUGGCAGGAACUUCCAGACCAGCCCCAUAUCUUAUAUUUGGGCCUCCAGGUACUGGCAAGACAGUCACUAUGGUGGAGGCCAUUAAGCAGGUUCUGCAAUGCAUUGAAGGUGCCCAUGUGCUUGCUUGUGCUCCUUCCAACAGUGCCUCAGAUCUGCUCUGCCAGCACCUCAUGAAACAUUUGAAUAGUAGGAACAUCUACAGGAUGAAUGCUAGCAGUAGGGGUUACCAUACAAUCCCUGAGGAUAUCAAGCCUGUGUGUAACUGGGAUAAGGAACAGAAUUGCCCUAUAUUUCCAAGAAAGGUAAAACUGCAAAGCUACCAGGUCAUUAUCACCACGCUAGUGACAGCGGGAAGAUUGGCUUCAGCUGAGUUCCCUCAGGGACAUUUUUCUCAUGUCUUUAUUGAUGAGAGCGGCCAUGCUGUGGAACCAGAGAGCUUAAUUGCCAUUUCAGGUAUUCUUGCCAUGAUGGACCCGAAGACAAAUGUCAGUGGAGGUCAGCUGGUUUUAGCAGGGGAUCCUCAGCAACUGGGACCGAUUUUGAGAUCUCCUCUGGCUAUUGAACAUGGCUUGGGGCUUUCUUUGCUGGAACGGCUGAUGCGGCACAACCCAUUAUACCAAAAGACGAAUGAGAAAUACAACCCACAAUUUGUCACUAUGCUGCUGCGCAAUUACAGGUCUCAUGAAGCCAUCCUCGAAUUCUCCAAUAAAAAAUUCUAUGAUGGUAAGCUCCUGAAGUGUGGUGAUGAACUAAUUACUCAUUCCUACUGUGAUUGGAAAGAACUGCCCAAGCCGAAAUUUCCCAUCAUCUUCCAUGGGGUCUGUGGUGAAGACAAGCGAGAAGCGAGGAGCCCUUCAUUUUUUAAUACUGCUGAGAUUGAUGUGUUGAUAUAUUAUCUCAAGAAACUUCUUCUGGAAAAUCAGGGCAAAAAAGGACAAACUAAAAUUCCUCCCAAAGAGAUUGGUGUCAUCUCUCCAUACAGAAAGCAGGUAGAGAAGAUAAGACAGGCCAUAAAUAUAGAAUUAAAGUCCCUGAUGAAUAUCAAGGAUCUAAAGGUGGGCUCUGUGGAGGAAUUCCAGGGUCAGGAGCGGCGUGUGGUGCUCAUUUCAACAGUACGCAGCAGCAGCCAUUACUUCGGAAUAGAUGAAGAGUUCAACCUUGGUUUCCUCAAUAAUCCCAAGCGUCUGAAUGUGUCCCUUACAAGAGCUAAGGCACUCUUGAUCAUUGUAGGCAACCCAAUUACACUAAGCAAGGAUCCAUACUGGAAUGAGUUUCUUGAAUACUGCAAAGCCAACAAAGCUUGGGCAGGAUAUAAACACACUGGAGUAGAGGAUGAGUUGCCAAUAGAAGAGUUAAUUUCUCUCAACAUAAAUGAUCAGCCAGCAGAUAACUGCUUACAAGACAGUUACAUCCAGCAGCAAGUGGAGCCACAAUGGAGAUACGAACAUUGAGAAUAGUGCUGUCUUAAACGUGAUUGGGUGAACUCUGCAUUCUUGAACAUUUCUGCAGAACUGACAGAGCAGACAAGUAGCCAAAUUUUAUUUGAUCUCCAUACUAUUUCUCAGGAGGAAAUAUCAGAGUUCCCAAAAUUCUGCGUUUAAAAAAUUAAUAAUGCAAUAGAAAUUCAUAUGUGGUUACAAUAAUGAUUUAAUUAAGCAGGCAUUAAUUUUUAUUCUGUAUUCUUUCAUGAGUGCCUGCACAUUUGCAAUGCUGAGAACAAGUGCAAUAUGGGCACAUGUAGGGUAGGGCUGAGAAAUGGCAAUUGAAAGAUUUUUGAUAUUUCAAAGAAUGAUUAGAUUUCAGUAUCAAGUAGAGAUUAUGAAAAACUUUGGGGAAGGGAUAGGAUGUGGAAAUGAGAAACGUAUCAAACCUUCUUGUUUUCACGACUAUCAGAUUUUAUCAUCUUUUUGUACUAAAUUUAAUAAAAUGUAUAAGACUUAAUUAAAUGCAUCAUGAUUCUGUAU